AUUGAUCUCCUUGUGCCCUCUCCCGGUCCAUCAUCCGAGCUGAGGUUCGCGAAGGGCAAAGUUUCAGCGCAGACGAGCACCAUGACCGGGAGAGACGAGCCCACGGAUGGGAAAGUCAAGGGAAAAGUCUUAGCACCCAGUGUCGGAAACGACAAAGCAGCGCGGGUCAAUGGAUCUGGCUUCAGGACCAAGGGCUUUGCUAUCACAGACCUCCUGGGAUUGGAGACGGAGCUUCAGCCCUCGCCCGGACCCGGAGCCGGUGCCUCUGGCGACGGCCACAGUGCCGCGAUAGGGGGCUUCACCUUCGCCGGCGGCUCCCUGCCCCUCGGCCUGGGCUUUCUGUGCAGCCUGGCAGCUCACCAACCUCCAGGGAGUCCCUGCUUUCUCCCGAGUCAUCUCACCCUUCUGCAGUCGAGGACAGAAAACCAUUAUAUGCAAAAUAUGGAUCAGCAAAAGGAAAACUACUCCGACGACGACAGUCUAUCUGGGGAUCGAAGCGACGCAAAGAAUUCAGCAAACUCGCAGAACAAGCGGAAGAAACGGAGACACAGGACGGUGUUCACUGCCCACCAGCUGGAGGAACUGGAAAAGGCCUUCCAUGAAGCCCACUAUCCAGACGUCUAUGCCAGGGAGAUGCUAGCGAUGAAAACCGAGCUGCCUGAGGACAGGAUACAGGUCUGGUUUCAGAACCGCCGUGCGAAGUGGAGGAAGAGGGAGAAGUGUUGGGGCCGGAGCAGCGUGAUGGCGGAGUACGGGCUGUACGGCGCCAUGGUCCGGCACUCCAUCCCCCUGCCCGAGUCCAUCAUCAACUCGGCCAAGAGCGGUAUGAUGGGUUCCUGCGCUCCCUGGCUACUGGGAAUGCACAAGAAGUCCUUGGAGAUAACGAAGAAAAACCACAGCAAGGAAGAGGCCGGCAAACCCGAUUCCCCCUCGGAGGAAACGAGGACGAAGGGGAACGACAACCAGUGGACAAAUCAGGCGAACACCACCGAUGAACCCGAAGACAUGGCGAUUGACCUUUCAAGCACGGCCAAGCAGGAAAAAAACUGCAGUUUGAAAACGGCGCAUUCCAAGGACUCCUACAAUGAGACAGACAGCGAAACUUAAAUUUCCCAUAGAUCAGGCAUGGCCCAGACCUGUUCCUGGAGUGCUGUAAACCCAGCACGUUUGAAAGGUCACCCUCACACCGUCAAUUUGUAAAGACAUCGUAACUCUUGCGAGUUUGAAUGAGUUUAAUCAAAUUAGGAAUGGCUCGCUGUAAUCCUUAACAGUUUGGAGUUUACAUCUCAAACGAGCUCUUAGCUACCUAAUCGUACAGGUGAAAGGUACAACACAAAAGUGGAACAGCAAGAAAUUGAUGGUUUAAGGGUGACCCACAAAAGCUGUUGGACAAGGCGUGUCUCACUCUGCGAGAUAACGCAGGUGUCCUGGACAUUUGAGGUGCAGAUCAAUUAAAUACUGUAUGAAGAGAGACUUCAAAUGCGGAAACGUCUCUGAACUAUAGCAAGCCAAGUUUACAUCAGCUUCCCCGGGUUGUAUUCUUAUUUGCCAAGAAUAUGAAGUGAAAAUAUUAUGAUGUAUAAUUUAAAGUUUAUUAAUUUAAAAAUGUGAAUUAUAUACUUGCGUUGUAUUGUUAAUUUAAAAAUUUUCGUUGGAAAAAUGCACUUCUUUAUGAAACAGAAUAUCAGGCACAUGUUAAUCAACAGUCUUUGACAUAGAUUUUUAGAAAAUGUGAAGUCUUUUUUCUGAUCACGUUUUGUCCACUGUAUAAAAGGGUAGUAUUUUAAAAACUUGUUAAACCUCUUCAAGCAUUGAGUUAUUAUCCACUACAAUAUUUUCUAUCCAGUUCUUCUUGUGAACUCACAAGAAACUAUUACUGAAAGGAAAAAAAAAGUAAUUUACCAGAAGCGAUUUCUGGAUAUGCUAUACUAUUCUGCACUACACGAUGGGGACUUCUUUUUAGAAACUGAAAGCCAUAUAUUUGACGGAAAAAUUGUUUAGAUUUAUUAAAAAGAAUGCAACUUUAUAAACGACAUAUCUUGUUCCACAAGAUACGUGUAUCUCAAGCACUUUAUUUGUGUGGAUGUUCAAAGUUAUUAUCAGGUCAUCUAAUAUGGAUUAACGUAAAAGCAAUGUCAACAACAGCAAUAAGCCUGAAAAGCAGAAAUAAAAAAUAUUUU